CGUGGAAGUGUUCGAUAUGCUGGAAAUUCUUUGAUAUGUGAUCUGCAUCUUAUCAGCGGCUACUUCAAUCGCGGCGUGAAGAACGAUCCCAAUCGAAACGGAUCGAUAUCCUCGGUCGUUCCUCAGGGUCUACCAAGCAGUAGCAGAAUGACAGCGUCAUCAUUAGAAAAUGAUCUUGGUGUGGCGAUCUUAACGAAGAACGAGUCAGCUGUGAAGACGUUGAUCUAUAAUGGGGUGGAUGUCAAUCGCACGGACUCAGUCGGCAGUUUGCCAUUACAUUACGCCGCUUAUGUUGGCGACACCACAAUGAUGAUGAUGCUUAUCGAUUCUGGCGCUGACUUGAAUGCCCAGGACACACUAGGCCUUACUCCCCUGCAUCGCGCCGUUGCCGCGUUACGUUAUGAUGUCGCAGAGCUUCUGAUAAAUAAAGGCUGCGAUACCACACUUGCAUGUAAACUACUUCAAACUCCUCUUCAUAUAUGCGCUAUUCACAAUGUGCCUAAUGUUGCAGCAUUAUUAUUACGCAAUAGCGUACAUUAUGCUAGCCUCGUUCAAAGCGGUUGCGAUGUUGCUGCGGCCGCAUGUGAUGGUACAACUCCAUUACAUGUGGCUGCUUCACUAGCAGAAUCAGCAAAGCCGAUAGAGUACUUGAUAGGUGUAAGUUUAGCU